ACCGGAAAUCCCGGAACUCUUCGGGAGACUACCUUGGUGUGUGGCGAGACCGUUUUUUCACAGGCUAGGAGCAGUUGACCUCCAACUACAAAUUAUGUCGUUUAAGUACUGGAAACAAGCCCCACGGGUCCCCGCUGGUCUCAAGACUGCUAGAUAUCUCGCUCUGACAGUGGGAGUAGUGUUUGGUUUCAGAAAGAAGAGGGAACUGCAGGCUUAUGAAGAAGUGUAUCAGGAGGACCAGAUGAGAAUUAAGAUGGCUUUGAAGAGACUAGAUAAGGAAAUUUCCUGGCUCAAAUAUUAUGAUGAGAUGAAUGACUUAGCCUAUGAUUUAGGAGUACCUAACAGAGUCACACAUGCAGAUCGAUCACUAACACCUCAGUUUGUGCAGGAGGAUUAACAUUGCGACAUAGACUAUUACAUAUUGUUUCUAUUAGAUUUCGAGUAAAUGAUGGGAUUUUCA